CGUUCUCUUUUGUCUCCUCAGGACGGUGGCUUUGAGUGAGGGUCCGUGUAAGCGGCACUGAAUGCAGGCUCCAGGAUGGGGGUUUGGGGGUUCCUGAAGACUCAGUUUGUGGUGCACUUGUUAAUAGGAUUCGUCUUUGUAAUAAGCGGCCUCAUCAUCAACUUCCUGCAGCUCUGCACCCUCCCGCUAUGGAGCUACAACAAGCAGCUGUACCGCAGGAUCAACUGCCGCCUGUCCUACUCGCUGUGGAGCCAGCUGGUGAUGCUGCUGGAGUGGUGGUCCGGCACACAAUGCACCCUCUUCACCGACCAGAAGACCGUGGAUCACUUUGGGAAGGAGCACGUCAUCAUCAUCCUCAAUCACAACUUUGAGAUAGACUUCCUGUGCGGCUGGACCAUGUGUGAACGUUUUGGAGUCUUAGGGAGCUCAAAGGUUCUUGCCAAGAAGGAGCUGCUGAUGGUGCCGCUGAUCGGCUGGACGUGGUACUUCCUGGAAAUCGUCUUCUGUAAACGCAAGUGGGAAGAAGAUCGGGACACAGUGAUGCAGGGGCUGCAGAACCUGAGGGAUUACCCGGAGUACAUGUGGUUUUUGUUGUAUUGUGAAGGGACGAGAUUCACGGAGACGAAGCAUAAGAUCAGCAUGGAGGUGGCGGAUAAGAAGGGGCUGGCGCAGCUGAAACAUCAUCUCCUCCCCCGGACCAAAGGGUUCACCACGGCAGUGCAGUGUCUCCGCGGGACAGUAUCUGCUGUGUACGACGUUACCCUGAAUUUCCGUGAAAAUAAGAAUCCAUCUUUACUGGGGAUAUUAUAUGGGAAGAAAUAUGAGGCGGACAUGUGUGUCAGACGCUUUCCAUUGGAGGAGAUCCCAGAAGACGAGCGGGAGGCCGCAGCCUGGCUGCACAAGCUCUACCAGGAGAAGGAUGCUUUACAGGAGCGGUACAUUCAGGAGGGAACCUUCCCCGGUCCUCAGAUUGUGCCCAGCCGUCGGCCAUGGACCCUGCUGAACUUCCUGUUCUGGGCCACGCUUCUGCUCUCACCACUUAUAUCGUUUGCGAUCGGCAUCUUUUCCAGCGGUUCGCCUCUGCUCAUCUUGUCAUUUAUGGGCUUCAUGUGGACAGCCUCGUUUGCCGUACGGCGUCUGAUCGGUGUGACGGAGAUCGAGCGGGGCUCCAGUUACGGUAACAGCUCGGUGAAGAAGACAGAUUAGCUGCGGGCGGCAUGAUUCUGAGGCAGUCUGGACUUUAUCUUGCUUUCUAUUUCGUACUAACAUGGACUGAGGAGGAGGAGUGGGACCUGUCAGGACUGGCUGACUGAGCGCCAGUAAGGAAUCUGACAUUUCAUGGGCGCAAGAAAAAGCUGCGCCCUGCUUGCCGUGUGGCACCGAGGCUGUGUCCUCUGCUCCCCUCUUCUCUACACUGGGUCCCCAUUAUGCUCGCCUCCCACCCCACACUUCUUUCUUCUCCCACCACCUUCGGACCUUUCUCCAUAGUAUUACUGCUGUUCUCCGCUCUCUGCCCCGUACACUCAUGCAGCCCGCUAGGAUCCUGAGCUGUCUUUUUUUCCCCCUUCCACUGCAGUCACGGCAAACAACGGAGCCUCGUCACCGGGAUGAAGAUAAACGGAGUUGGCCCCAGCAGGAGGCCUUUGUGUGACUUCUUGUUGCGCGUUCGACGCCCCGUGGUGCACCACCAUUACCCAUUGCUCUGCAGGCAGAACGGCUCUGCACACAGCAGCUACUGUGAAUGUAUUGUUCUGCACCCAUCACUCCGUUAUUUUUUACGUAAUCAUUGGACUCAGGUUAUGGUCCUAAAGAUGAGGAUCCCGUGUAACCCCCUCCACCAAUCACCUGACAAUUCUGCCUGUCCAUCUCUCCCGGAGCUUCGCAUCUCAUCCUCUUCCUGUUCCAUGAGGUUCCGGUGUCAUAUCACAUGGUCACAUGGCUGCCUCCAGCAGGGUUUAGCGGUUUAGACCUUAACAUGUCAGUAGCGUGUAUCAGAGGUGGCCGCACGUCAUAUCAUGUUUAUCAGACUUAUCAUCGUCCCAUAGGGAGGAGGUACUGAAUAGUAGGGCUAAUCCAGUGUGCGCACGCUUCUGUCCCUGGAGAACAAAGCGGCGAUCUGAGACUAGUAGUACUACGUCUCCUCGCCACCUUCUCUUCAGUGUCCACACAGGAGACAAACGCGUGCGUCAUACGUGUGAACACUGUAGUGAUGCUUCCAUGUCACCUCUUUCCCUCCCUGUAAAGAAAAGCUAGGAGUAAAAUAAAGAGAUGAAACCUG